AAGCCCAAAUUUUUAAUAUUUUCCCAUGGUUUUAGCAUUAUUAACCAUUAAUAAUUCUUUUAACAAGAAAUGUUUUAUUUAGGCCUGGACAUUUUAACCUGGAUCCGAAAACCUGAACCGGAACCGACCAAAAAAUAUCCGAUCCGGAACCGAACCGAAAAUUUGUUAGUACUUUUUGGGUUUAAAUUUCUUUUUCCCGAAAGAACUGGAGCCAAAGGAACCGACCUGAAUAGAUCUAGACCCGAAUAGACCCGACCCGUUAAGAACCGAUCUGUGCCCAACUUAAAAACAUGUAUAUCUAAAUUUAUGAUUUUUUGUGUUCUGUUUUUUUUUUUUAUGAUUUAGUUGAAAUAUCUUUUGUUAACAACAUUUGUUAUUAUUUUGUAACAUUUUUUAAGUAAUAUGAACUUUUAAAAUGUAAAAUUUAAAGUUUAAAAAUGUUUUAUUUUAAUUAUUAAUAGUUUCAUUUAAGUUAUUUUGUAAAAUUUUAAUGUAUAUGAUAAAUAUCGACUAAUUUUGAUGGAAUUAGGUGUGCCAUGUAUUUUCAGAUCCUAAAUAUCCGAAUCCGAUCCGGAUCCGAUAUAGACCCGAAAAAUUACAGGUAUAUUAUAGGUAUUUUAAUUGUAGAUCUGAACCGACCCGGACCCGAGAAUAACCGACCUGAAUCCGACCCGAAAAUUUCUAAGUACUUAUUGGAUAUAAAUAUUUAGGAUCCGAAAGAUUCAGAUCCGAAAGGAACCGGUCUGAACCCGAUCUGAAGACCCAAACGCCCAUGCCUAAUUUUAUUUUAUUUUUGAAAAAGAAAGGAAAAAAAAUGGAAAAAAAAAAAACUGGUAGCUUCAUUGUAUAUAGUAUGCGACCCACCCGAGAGAAAAACAGUUAUAUAUUACGAAAUAGUAUAUAGUAGAGUAUAAAAUAUAUCGUUACAGAUUCAGACGAAUAGUAUAAAAGAUAUUAAUGCCGUUACAUCUUCCCCAUUUGUAAACAUCCCCCAUAUCAACUGCAUCAACUGUUCCAUCUUUUCUACAAGCUAUUUAAAAGAGAAAAAUUGAGUUUUUUUUUUUUUUUUUUGAUUUAAUCAACAAUUUGGAUUUCAGUUUUCAGUUACCUUUUAAUUUAAAUUUGUUGGAAUAAGUUAAGCGGAAGCUAAAGCCGUACAAAAGGAGAAAAGAUGAUUAUGCAGCGGCGGAUUGGAUUCCUAUUAUUUCUCGCCACUCACAGCUCUGUCGACUGGGAAAGCUGCAAAAUCGCGAAGGUGUUCGUUCGUUCUCACUUCUCAGCUUCUUCUUCUUCGGCGGUUCCCCGGUUGAGAAAAAAUGGCGGAGGAUGGAAUCAUUCAGCCACCUGAGGAUAUUGCUACUAAAACUAUUGUGGAGAAAACAGCAAGUUUCCUUUCCAGAAAUAAGGUGGAUAAGAGUGAGAUCAUGCCCAGCGAUGUUAGAUACAAUUUCCUGAGAAGCAAGACAGAUCCUUCUCAUGCAUAUUACAGCUACAUGCUUUCUAAAUACUCUGAUGCUCAUAGUCAAGGAGGUGGAGGAGCUGUGGAGUCUAUUGGUGGUGCUGCUGUGAAUAUUGAACCUGAUGAUCACACCAAGGAUCUCACAAUCAUUAAUACACCUGCGCAAGUCCCAGCUAUUACUCUUGCUGCGAGAGUAGCUUAUCUUGUUUCUACACAGGGGGUGGACUUUGAGAUGCAACUCAGAGACAGUCAAGUGAAUGAUACAAGGUUUAAUUUUCUUAGGGAUGCUUCACAUGUGUGUCACGCAUACUACCAGCGCAGCCUUGCCUACUUGUCUUUUGGGAAUAAAAGUCAACUCAAAGCUCGGGCACAACCUCCUCCUGUGUUCAAUACCCCUAACAGCUCAAUUUUCCCUGUGGUAUGGGCAUUAUUUUGUGUGGGCUUUGAAAGGGAAUGUGACCCAGCUUGAGUUUCUUAGUCCAAAACAUAGCUGGCACCCUUUUUACAAUGAGUUUCAACGUGCCUACGAGAUACUGUUCAAGCCCCCCAAAGAUACCAAAGAACAGCUGUAUAAGAGUGCCGAAUACACAGACGCCAUCCAGAAAGGUUUCUUACAACGUAUUCAACUGGAUGAUCCUAUCAAGGAGCGUAAAUGGCUGGAGCAAGGGGAGAGGGCAAUGAUUGAUUGGCAUGAUGCUACAUCCAAACCAUUUGCUAUGAAGGAGGCUCAAGAGCUGCUACCACCUCAAGGACCAGAUCCUAAGAGACAAAAGCUUGAGGUCUCACUUCUGGUUCCAGAAACCCAAUUUCUCGCUCAACAUCAGGUGAUGCUUUCUACACACUCUUGUGAUGUCUUUUUUUCUUCAUUCUUCCUCUCGAGUUUGUAUCCAACUUAUAGUUUUACACAUAUCCCAGGGUUUGUCUUCACUUACGGUUUCUUUUCCAAACCGACAAGCCGUUGUGAUCAAGGUGUCCUCGUUGUCCGCAAAUGUUGCAUCGUUGAAGCAGAUAAUAGCUGAAGUGAUCCAAAUUCCAGCGGACAAACACAAGUUAAGUGCAAAAUCGGGGGUUUUGAAGGACGACAACAUGACACUUGCACAUUACAAUGUGCGAGAUGGAGAUAUCCUAACACUGUCUCUGUGAGGACAAAGAUCGAUAGAUGGACAAGGCUUCUCAAAUCUCUUAACUCUAGAAGAAGGGAUUUCAUUUUCUUACUCGGUUAUAAAAGUUCUCUUUUCUUUUCCCAAAAGACGUCGUUAAUAUGUGUGUGAUACCCCUGCGGUUUCAGUUUGAUAACAAAGUAUGAAAACAAGUACUACAUUUCUUAUAUGGAUCGCAUAUGGAGUUCAACCAAACAUUAAUCCAUCUUUUUAAAAGCUUA